GGAAUUUCUCAAACUCAAACUCAGUUCGACACGUAUACGAACGGCGGUUAGCGGAGAGCGUCGAAUUUUGCGCGCACCCACCUGUUUUUUCGAGUGGCGCAUUCCCGAUCGCUUCGGCUUUUCGAGUAAAGUUUUCCCGGAUCGCGAGCUGGUGAAAAAGUGCCGGAAAAGUGGCGGUUUUUCGGUGGAAACGCAGCACGGCCGUCGUAAUAUUUUCGUCGUGGUAGUGACUACUUUCUCUGCGGGCGCAAAACUGGUUUUCGACUCGAAGACGAUGAGAAAUAUCGAGACUUUGUUGCUGGUCUUCGGAUUGACGCAAGUUUGGGGAGCGCAGGUUGAUGUUCAACCCAAGGAGCUUCUGGUACUACCCGGUCAAAAUGCAUCUUUUCUAUGCAGAGUAGGAGUACCUUUGCAGUACUGUCGGGCGGAACUUCCCAACCAUCGAAGCUACAAUUUAAAUAAACUGUUACCAGCAGUCGAUGGACUUUCCUAUGAAGGACAAGGCCUCGAAGCUGGACAAUGCGGUGUUCACAUUCUUUACGCUGAAGAAAAGCACAACGGUCCUAUCAAAUGCACCCUUGGAAUACCAAGUGAAACCACGGAAUCCGUUGGUGUUAUGAAUUUGAUUGUAGCAAAGGCUCCAAAAAUGCCGGAACUGGAUUUGAGCAGAGGAACGGAUUCAUUGAGAGUAUACAAAAUUAACGACUACUUGGAAGCUUCUUGUUUGGUUAGAGAUGGGCGACCAGUUGCAAAUAUUAGUUGGUUUAUAGACGAUGAACAAAUCAACGAAGCUGGUCUCAAGAUGGCCACCGUAAUAGAAAUUGCAAAGGAGCAUCUACAAUCGAAAGUUCAGAACCUAUCCAGGAUAUUACAGCCUUCAGACAAUGGAAAAUUCUUGAGAUGCGUCGCUUAUCAUCCUGCUUAUCCCGGUGGAUACGCCGAAACCAAGAGGCAAUUAGACGUUAAAUUUGCACCUUUACCUAUUACUGAACCACAGGACAAAUUCGGUUACCAGAUCGGUAGAGUCGGAAAUAUCAGCAUUAUAAUAGAGGCGAAUCCGAAGCCGAAGAUAGAAUGGACAAUCGGCGGUCAGAAAAUCCGGGAGGGAUCCACCGAUAAUACCGGCAGAAUCGAGGCGGAAGCCAUUAAAGAUUUAGGAAGAGGGAAAUAUGAGGCGAAUUUGAGGCUGGCGGCUAUAACGAAACAAGAUACUGAAGUCGAUUACAGAUUGACCGCCUACAACGACCAAGGAUCACAGGAAUACAGGAUUAAAAUUUCCACCAAUCCCGAACCUGAAGGUGUGGAACUGGGAGUCGGAGCCAUCAUCGGAGUAGUUGUAGUCGUAUUACUGGCUGUGUUGAUUGCGUCCAUUUUAAUCUUCGCCAAAUUGACUGGAAGGUGGUGCUUCAACGGGGGAGCAACGGUGAUUGACUACACAACCGGUGAAAAUGGCCAGCCACCCUUGCACGAUGGGGUGUCCGGAGACGGAGUGGACAAUCCCCAUCACCAAGUGUCCAACGAAUAUAUAAACGGCAAUGAUUUGCCCAUAAAAAAGGACGAAAAGAUCAACACAGCGGUUUAAUAACGUUAGUUUUAGCAUGUUUAUAAAACUUGAAAAUCAAAAAAAUUAAGCGUAGGUUAUUUUGAGUUUUACUUUUGAGAAUUUAUGAGAGGGAUUCGACGUGAUUUUCAGUUAGGUAUUAGAUUAUUCCUGUUUGUUUCGUAAUUCUCGAGAAAUAUAUAGUGUAUCGGUGUAGACAGUUCAAUUCGCGGCGAAUUGUAAAGCUUUCCAAAAUGUUCGCGUUAUCUUUUUCGAUGAAAAGUUGCGCAUUCGAACGCUGUACUAUUUUUGAAACUGAAGUUUUUUUUUUGAUAAGGGGUGUUUAACAAAAAGGACGCGAUCACGUUAAUGUUAGUUAUUAGUUUUGUUGUGUUAAAUUCAACACAAAUCUCACUUAAACUGUCAAGUUAAAAAAAAUGUUUUUUGUUAAUUUUUGUGAAACACCCGUUAUAUAACAAUGUUAAAGGCGAUUUUCUAGCAACAACGAUCAAUUACUGUUGAUGGUGGUACAUUUGAAUUUUUGUUUAUUAUUAUUACCGAUGUUUAGCUCAUAGAUUUUUAUUAAAAUAUUUCAAAAACUAUAAUAUACAAGCAUCAUAUUAUUAAAUAAGUAGGUUACUGUAAGCAGUUUAGAUGUAUUGUAUUAUAAUUUAAGGAAAUAAGGAAACUAUUUGUAGAAUUGAAUUCGAAAUAUGGCAAUUUGUUUCCAAAGUUAAAUACUUUAUUGAUAUUUUUAUAUUUUAUAUUAAAAGAAUAAAACAUUAUUUUUCUUAUUAAAUUAGCAAAUGAAAUAGGUAACAUUUUUUAUUAAAACAUCUUUUGGAAGUUAUAUAUCUAAAAUUGAAAUAUAUUUACAUACCUGCAACUAAAUCAACACUAGAAGCACGUAGUUAGAAUUUCUGCAUGUCGUAAAAUCACUGUACGUACAUUAAUUGACUGUGAAUUUUUGUUUUUUUUUUUCAGAUUUACGAAAAAUCGAUUCAUUUUUACAUUAGGAGAUCAAUUAGAAUAUUUUUUGGGACAUAUUUCGGAUCCAAAUUCAUUAUAUAAUAUUUCCGUAAAACUAAAAUUUAAAGAUUUCUCUUUUAAGUACGAAAAUGACUGAAUAUUUUUUAAAAAGGUUGUCUACUACUCAUAUAUAGAAUAUAUGUGUAAAUAUUUUAUUGUGUCUAUUACUAACAGUUAAUAAAAAAUUGACAAUUUGGCAAAAAUUAAUAUACCAAUCUACUAUUAUGACCAAAAGAUAAUUUGUAAAAAUGGGUUAACUUUAAUUUUUUUACCAAAUAAAUCAUAUAAACAUAUAAAUGAAA